AUGAACCCAGUCCGACCAUUAUUGCACGCUGCUAGAUUCCGAUCGAUUACCUCAGCCUCCACUUCCUCCAUCGCAGCUAGAAUCACACGAAGAACACUUACCACACCCACCAAUCCUCUCCAUGCAACAGUAUCAAAUGUCAGCACCGAGCAAGUGAGAGAAGAUCCAGGAGAAUUCGAUCAUGGUGACUCAGUGGCCAAUGAAUCGGAAGGUGGUAAAGAAAUGUUCGGCUUCAAGCUUAACCCGGUGUCAACCAAAACAGGUGGAAAUGCUAAAUCUGAAGGAAGACCAAUCUACUUGGAUAUGCAAGCUACAACACCGAUGGAUCCAAGAGUUUUAGAUAAAAUGUUACCUCUAUUCACUGAACAAUAUGGUAAUCCCCAUUCUAGAACACAUGCCUAUGGUUGGGAAGCAGAAGCUUCAGUAGACGAGGCAAGACAACAUGUAGCUAAAUUAGUCGGUGCUCAAGAAAAAGAUAUCGUCUUCACUUCAGGUGCAACGGAAAGCAACAAUAUGCUCAUUAAAGGAAUCGCCAAGUUCCAUCAAGGUAAAAGAAAGCAUAUCAUAACUACCCAAACAGAACACAAAUGUGUCCUCGACUCAUGCCGAUGGCUUUCAACCCAAGGUUUCGAAAUCACCUAUCUCCCUGUCCUACCCAACGGUCUUAUCUCUCUCACCGAUCUCAAAGCUGCUCUACGACCCGACACCUCUUUAGUAUCCAUCAUGGCAGUCAACAAUGAGAUUGGAGUUAUCCAACCUCUAAAAGAAAUUUCAGAAACUCUCAAGGCCUACGCUAAAGAGAACAAAACAACCAAAGCUCUAUUCCACACCGAUGCCGCUCAAGCAGUCGGUAAGAUCGAAAUCGACGUAGAAGCAAUGGGAAUUGACGCAAUGUCAAUCUCAGGCCACAAGCUAUAUGGACCAAAAGGUGUCGGUGCAGCGUAUGUCAGAAGAAGACCAAGAGUCAGAUUAGAACCCUUGAUUCACGGUGGUGGACAAGAAAGAGGUUUGAGAUCAGGUACCGUCCCCGCACCGCUAGUGGUCGGUCUAGGUGAAGCAUGUAGAAUCGCCACCAACGAAAUGAAGAUGGAUCAUGAGAGAAUAAAGGAAUUAUCGGACAGAUUGAUCAAUGGAAUAACAUCACAAAUCGAGCUUAUCGUUCGAAACGGUGAUCCAAACGGUUAUCCAGGUUGCGUAAACCUUUCCUUCUCAUACGUCGAAGGAGAGUCUCUCUUGAUGGCCCUCAAGGACAUCGCUUUAUCCUCCGGAUCAGCAUGUACAUCAGCUUCUCUCGAACCUUCUUACGUGUUAAGAGCAUUAGGUGCAGCAGAAGAUAUGGCACAUUCAUCUCUCCGAUUCGGUAUCGGAAGAUUCACUACGGAAGCUGAAAUCGACCUUGUCAUCGCUCGAAUUGUAUCGGUUGUGAACAAGUUGAGAGAUAUGAGUCCGCUAUGGGAGAUGGUACAAGAAGGUAUCGAUAUCAGUAAGAUCGAAUGGGCUCAACAUUGA